CUCCCGGGGCUCGGCUCUGCUCGGUCCAGGAGUGCGCCCUUGACACCGCUGCACUUCUCCGGCUCGCGCAGCCGCCACCGCAGCCUGCUCUCCGCGCCUGACGAGGCCACCGCACCCUCCUCGCGCAGACAUGGCCUCAGUGGCCACCACCACGGCCGUGAAGGGACACCAUGUCCUGAGCAUUGCAGGACGGAUGGCGCAUCUCGGCCCCUCUGCACGAAAUGCCAGUAGCACUACCCCCAGUCAUCAUGUUGGGGCAGAAAUGUCCCCUGGGUUUCCAGGAAACCCCAGGAGAGCCGAUUCACACUCGGGUGAGGGCCGUGGACUAAAUCCCCAAGACAGACAUGGCCCGGUGAGGAGACGUCGGAGCAGCCAGAUUGGAAUCAUCGGUGGAACAGGUCUGGAUGAUUCAGAAAUCUUAGAAGGAAGAACUGAAAAAUAUGUGGAUACUCCGUUUGGCAAGCCUUCUGAUGCCUUAAUUUUGGGGAAGAUAAAGAACGUUGAUUGUGUCCUCCUUGCAAGGCACGGGAGGCAGCAUAGCAUCAUGCCCUCAGAAGUCAACUACCGGGCGAACAUCUGGGCUCUGAAGGAGGAGGGCUGCACACACGUCAUCGUCACCACCGCCUGCGGUUCCUUGAGGGAGGAGAUUCGGCCCGGAGACAUCGUCAUUAUCGACCAGUUCAUCGACAGGACCACCAAGAGACCUCAGACCUUCUAUGACGGAAGCUCCCCCUGUGCCAGAGGAGUGUGCCAUAUUCCAGCGGCUGACCCGUUCUGCCCCAAAACGAGAGAGGUCCUCAUAGAGAAUGCUAAGAAGCUAGGACUCCGGUGCCACUCAAAAGGGACAAUGGUCACAAUCGAGGGACCUCGUUUUAGCUCCCGGGCAGAAAGCUUCAUGUUCCGCGCCUGGGGGGCGGAUGUUAUCAACAUGACCACAGUUCCAGAGGCGGUCCUUGCUAAGGAGGCUGGAAUUUGCUAUGCCAGCAUCGCCUUGGCAACAGAUUAUGAUUGCUGGAAGGAGAAUGAGGAAGAGGUUUCAGUGGACCGGAUUUUAAAGACCCUGAAAGAAAAUGCCAAUAAAGCCACAAGUUUACUCCUCAGUACCAUACCCCAGAUAGGGUCCAUGGAAUGGUCAGAGACUCUUCGUACUCUGAAGGAUAUGGCCCGGUUUUCUGUUUUAUUACCAAAAGAUUAAAACAGUGUGGCUGCCCAGAAGAGAAGAAGACUUUCUCAUUCUACACAUUUAUUGAAUUCCUGCCUAACUUUAAAAAACAUGGAAAAGACAUGCAGCUUUAAUGCCCUUGCACGCUAAGGAGGAACAUAGAAGACAUUGCACGAGUCAGAGAUGGCUUUUAUCAGCCAUGGACUGCUUCAGAAAACAGAAGGAAAGCAGAUGACCAGCAAGUGUCUAGAAAAUUCUUACACUUUAGAAAAAAGACAAGAAGAUAUCAUUCACCCUCCCCCAUUAAAUUUGUAACAAUAAAUGGUGGGAGGUGGCAUCUAAUUUCCUAUGUUGGCAAGGAAUAAGAAGAAGAAAUGGGACUCUUAGGUCAUUUAUUGGUGUGACUGUAAAUUGAUACAAUCUUUUUGGAGGGCACUUUGGUAAAAUGUAUCAAAAGGCUUAAAAAAUACACCCUUUGUGCUGGUUACUCCUAGGAAUUUAUCUUUAAAACAUUAUUGGAGAUACAUACAAAGAAUUAGGUAUAAAGAAGUAUGUCCAAUAGAGUGUUAGUUAUAAUAACAAAUAUUCAAAACAAUCUGAAAAUCCAAAAAUUGGAGGUAAAUUAUAAUUUAACACUAGAUUGUGAAAUAGCCAACUAGAGGUCAUGUUUUCACAUAAUAUUUGAUGUUCUAAAGAAGUGGUGACUCUAUAAUAUGAAAUGAAAAAACAUAUAUAAGCACUUUACUGAUUUUGUUUUAAAAUUCUGUACCUAAAUGUACCAAAAGAUUGGAAAGAUAUAUGUAAUCUUUUGUUACUGUAUGUGGGAGAGGGAUACUGGGAAAUUUCAAUUUUAUUUAUAUUUUUCUGUCUCUUCACAUUUUUAUACAAUGAAUAUAAUCAAAUAAAGUUUUUUUAAAAAUAAAAA